AUGUUUUAUCAGGAGCUGAAGAGGGAGGAGGAUGCCUGCCGCAUUUCCCUGAAGGAGGAGAGGACACAAGACCACAUGACUACUGGAGGUCCCGGGUGCAAAGGAUUCUGGGAUCACAUUUUGUGUUGGGGUCAGGCCGAGACUGGUCAGACGAUCACUAUCCCCUGUCCUGCUGUCCUUAAGAGCCUCUUCCACAGACAUGGUUUCAUCAGUAGGAACUGCACAGCUGAGGGCUGGUCUGACGUCUUCCCCAACAUCACCAGUGUGUGUGGAGCAGAGGCCCCGCAGCAUAAGUUGGUGUUCUACAUGGUAGUGAGGAUUCUCUACACACUGGGUCACAGUCUCUCUCUGGUUGCCCUGACGACCGGCAGUGCUAUCCUCUGUCUGUUCAGGAGGCUCCACUGCACCAGGAACUUCAUCCAUGUGAAUCUCUUCCUCUCCUUCAUGCUAAGAGCUGCAGUCGUGUUGGUGAAGGACCACGUGCUGUUCACACACAACACACAGUGCAGCAAGCCUGGAUCACUGGUGGGCUGUAAGGCCUGUCUGGUACUGUUCCAUUACUUAAUCAUGGCCAACUUCUUCUGGCUGCUGGUGGAGGGACUCUACCUACACUCAUUGCUCAUGCUGAUGAUACACACACGACUCAUAUACUACCUGCUCAUCGGCUGGGGUGUUCCAGCAAUGUUUGUUUCUGCCUGGACCUUCACACGAGCCUACUUGGAAGAUACAGGGUGCUGGGAGAGAAAUGACCAUCUUGUUCCCAUCUGGGUGAUCAAUGGACCCAUCGGCUUCUCAAUUAUGGUGAACUUCAUUCUCUUCAUCAGUAUCAUCCGUAUUCUUGUACAGAAGCUCAGGUGUCCAGAUGUAGGGGGAGGGGACCAUUCACAAUACAGGCGACUGGCCAAGUCCACACUGUUGUUAAUUCCGUUGUUUGGGAUCCACUAUGUGGUGUUUGUCUCUCUGAACGAAACCAUGGCUGACUACAAGAUCUUCUUUGAUCUGGCCAUCGGCUCCUUCCAGGGUUUGGUGGUGGCCAUCUUGUACUGUUUCUUGAACACUGAGGUCCAGGGGGAGCUGAAGCGGAGAUGGAGGAGGGAGGGUUACAAAGAGCUAGCGCUCCCAUCCACCAAACUAGAAGAGCUAGCGCUCCCAUCCACCAAACUAAAAGAGCUGAGCUAG